UUUCCUAUUUGAGUGUAGUUCGUGUUCAGCUUCUGUGUGCAACAGACGCAUUUUGAGAGCAUGCAGGCAGUUCGAUAGUGCGUUUGGAUUUUCCUUUUUGUUGUAUUCUAUUCCUAAUGGAGCCUCCUGAAGCAACAGAAGAGGACCGAACAGAAGAGGACCGAACCGAACAGGAGCAGGACAAGGAGGAAACACCAAAACCUGAGCUCUAUGCCAAUUCUUUGCGUGUGCGUUUCGAACCGGGAAGUGUGGAUCCGCCAGAUGCAGCUAUUUUUUCCUUUAUGCGUGACAAAAUGCAGCUGCGAUCAGAUGAUCUGCUGGCAAUGUACAAGGAACGAUCGACGAUGUCAGUGCUCAUAAAGUUCAAAACGGAAGAGGACGUACUGAAAACACUGGACAGAUUGCCAAGAACGAUGGAUUUCUGGAUCGAAGCUCGUUGGAGAUCCAUUGUGACAUUGUCGCUAGCAAACUCUACGGUUCGGUAUGUCAGAUUGUUCAAUCUACCGCCGGAAAUUGAAGACAGCGAAAUUGUGGCGGCUUUGUUUCAAUAUGGAAGCAUUCACCGGAUGGUUCGAGAAACUUAUGGAACUGACACUGGAUAUCCCAUCUGGAAUUCCGUACGAGGUGUAUACAUGGAGCUUAUGGAAGAUUGUGAAAUACCGCCGUUUAUCACCAUUCGGAAUAUUGUUGCUCGCGUGCUAGACGAAGGCUUGAUAAACGAUUGCCGCAAAGCAGCUCCUGACACGAAAAAGCAAGAACCUGAACUGCCACCUUCCACCGAAGCAGAGAGUAGCGCUAGUGUAUGAGAGAAGGAAUUGGAACCCUUUUCCAGCAAACAAGAUGCUUUAGCGUUCCGGAGCAAAAGCCAAAUGCAUCAAGAAUGGCAUCAACUGCGUUGUGUGAACUGUCUAAAACCGAAUGUACUCGCUAAUACGGCCAACAGGAUAGGAUUGCGGUAUGUUCCAGGUGCACAUAGAGUAUUGGUUCCCUUAUUAAGCAUGUGGUUCCCAUUUUCAUCCUACGAAAAACAAGGGAUUGAAGCGCUGUUUGGUUUGUUUCUUAUUUUUGUAUUUUUUGUUAGAAGUGAGCACCCUUGAAAACAAAAAGAACGGAAUCAGUUGAUGCCGUAAUCGCCUGUUUUCGAAUAGGAUGAACAUGGGAGCGUGAGAUUACUGAUGGAACACAUAUCAUGUGAGUUUGGAAUAACGAUGGAAGUUAACUCCUCAGGCUUUAGCAUAAGAACAUCUUUCCUCCAUCGUUACCCAUGUGCUACGGUAAAUAUGAAGAAAGUGCUAAUAAAUGUACUGAAUCGUAUCACAUCUCACCUAGCUGUCUCUGCAAAUUUAUGUUUCUUAACGUCUCAAGGGAAAGCACCUUUUACAAAAAGUAAAAUAAAUCGGAUAUUCCAAAUUUAUUUAAUUUUGUGUUCUAUUUAUCUAUUUUAUGGCUUUCCAAAAAGAAUACAACAACGACACCUUUUCCGAUACAGGCGCGAUCAGACAUUUAUGAUCAUUUUUUGUACAUAUAGAUAACGAGUACUAUUUUUUCUUAAAAAAUGUAAUUAUUUAUUGUAUCGUGACGAGAGUUUCGACUUGAAAUUUGUUGAAUAUUUUAACUGGCUUUCUCAGUCUGAGGAAAUUCAAAACGACUAGUUUUGUAUUGCCCGACGUUUCGGCCUUGUUUAUUUCGCCUUUUUCAAGGGUAAAACUGUCUGUCGUUCUUCGUUACAUUUAUAUAUAUUUCGCAUACAAAAAGCUCAACAUGAAAAUUGCGGCAUAUAUAAAUGUAACGAAGAACGACAGACAGUUUUACCCUUGAAAAAGGCCAAAUAAACAAGGCCGAAACGCCGGGAAAUACAAAACUAGUCGUUUUGAAUUACCCCAGACUGAGAAAGCCAGUUAAAAUAUUCAACAUUAUUUAUUGUAUUAAAAAAAAAUAUACCAAAUCUUCUAGACAAUUCUGAUAAGACUGAUGAACCUAAUCACUUCACUCGUAAUGAAACUAUGUAACCAAAUUCCAUGACAAUCUGUUUUAUGUAGAUCACUCAAGUUGACGAAGAAUAACAGUAACAAACAACACGUCAAAUACAUCAAGAAAAUUCCUUCCUCAUCUGUUGUCACGCCUUCACAUGAAAUUAUAGUGGCUAGAUAUGUUAAUAUUUAGGAUGGUGUUCUACUUAAUGCAGCAACAUGACUUGUAGUUGUCAUUUGUCGUUGACUUUCAAUAGAGAUCAUGUGAUCAACUUGUAAUACAGUUAGACAAGUGAAAAUCAAUAGGUCUCUUUGGUUUUGAAUUCAUGAAAUAAACAUAUGUCGAAUUUUUACCGAUUU